GUGAAGUGAGCCACCGAUUUUCUUUUCUUUUCUUUUCUUUUGUUGCGUCGUCUUCGAUUCCUCCUGUGCUGUGCGCACCAUGGCGGCCACCGCGCUCCACCUCCCGCCACUCCUCCUCGCGCGCCGCCUCCGCUUCUCCUCCGCCGCCGCUUCCACGUCUACCUCGCGCAGGACCACGCGCCUCUCCGCGCAGCUCGACGACACCGCCGCUGCUUCCACCUCCACCUCCACCUCUGAUAAGCCCGCCGCCGCCUCCUCCUUCGCGCCGCCUCCCGACUUCAAGCCUCCGGAGCCCAAGACCUUCGAGGUGAAGCCCGGCCAGUCCGACGACAUCGUCACCGCCUCCCUCGCCAUUCCCUUCCGCCUCGGCACCGGCGUCUUCGCCCUUGGAUAUUCGGUAUCGCUGGUUUCUCCUGACGAGGUGGCACCAGAUGAAUAUGCUUUGGAUUUCCAAGGUCGGAAGGUUAAGGAGUCAUCAAAGAUAGGGCAGUGUCCUCGACCAGAAAAGCCUAUCGAGAUUUACGAGUUUGAAGGCUGCCCAUUCUGCCGAAAGGUCAGAGAGAUGGUGGCCGUCUUGGACCUUGAUGUUUUGUUUUACCCCUGCCCUAAAAAUGGCCCCACUUUCCGUCCAAAGGUUUUAGAGAUGGGCGGAAAGCAACAAUUUCCUUACAUGGUGGAUCCAAACACAGGGGUUGCCAUGUAUGAAUCUGAUGCCAUCAUAAAAUACCUGGCCGACAAAUAUGGUGAUGGAACAGUUCCAAUUAUGCUAUCACUUGGUAUAUUAACAACUAUAACAGCAGGGCUCGCAAUGAGUGGACGUAGUGGGAAGGGUUCUAAGUAUACUCCUGCAAAGCUUCCACCCGAGCCAAUAGAACUAUGGGCAUAUGAGGGAUCUCCUUUCUGUAAAAUAGUACGAGAGACCCUUGUUGAAUUAGAGUUGCCACACUUGCUACACAGCUGUGCACGCGGCAGCCCCAGGAGACAGGAAUUUUUGAAGAAAUACGGCAUUUUCCAGGCUCCUUAUAUCGAAGAUCCUAACACAGGGGUCAAGAUGUUCGAGAGCGCUGAUAUCAUAGACUACCUGAGGGCCACAUAUGCGGCUUGAGAAUCCCUUCUACUUCUCAUAUCUCAAGUGUCAAUAUGCAGUAUAUACUACACUGAUAACCUGACAUAUCUCAAGUGUUAAUAUGCAUUCUCUCUAUUCUUAUGUUGUAGAUUCUCUCUAUUCUUUACAAGGAAUCGGCGAAUUCAUAAUGCAGUACAUGCACAUACACAUAACACUGCUCAUUUUAUUGUACACGAAUUUUUAUUGAAACGAUUAUUGUAAAAGAAUUUAUACUCCCUGUUUACUUGUUUUAUAGUGAA